GCGCUCCAGAUAUCUUAGGUAAUAAACCACUGCAAGAGUUGCCCUUGACUAUCCCCAAAAUCAUUCACAGAACAUGCAAUCCCUUCCCUUGCAAGAAAUCUACAAACUUCUGGGAUGGGGUGAUCUCGGGCUAGUUUUCGAACUAUCUGACCAUAUUGCUCUGAAGUACGCAAUAGAACAUGGCGAUCCGCGUUUCGAGAACGAGAAACGUAUUUUCGACAUCCUUGAACGCCAUGCUCCCUGCCCCCAUAUCGUCUACAGCUUUAUGCGUGUCCCCAACCUGAACUUCAUGCAGCGGCUUUCAGGGGGGAAUCUGGAGAUGCGACUUCGAAGUCGACAAAGCAGAAAUCCAGCCACGGGACAAGUCGUGGCAUGCACAACUGAACCGGAGCCUUUAAUCUUGCGAUGGGCAAAAGAGUUGGCAAUGGCUGCAGCUUGGCUGGAAUCUCUCGGACUUGCGCACGCUGAUAUUCGACCGGCGAAUCUCCUGCUUGAUGCCGAAGACCACCUCAAGCUCGCCGACUUUGACAAUACUCAGGCCAUUGGGACGGAUGUUGAGGUGGGGACGGCACCAUAUUGCAGAGUAUUAGGGGAUGAAGCUGGUGACCUUCGAGGCUAUUUUGGUCUUUUAGGUCCACGCACUGAGCAAUUUGCCAUCGGUUCGGUUUUCUACUAUAUGGUGAAGGGGUAUGAACCGUACGAUGAUCAAUGGUUCGGGGAGGAGCACGGCCCUAUCACCGUCGACAAACUGCAGAAUAUGGAUUUUCCCCAUUUGGACCCAAACGACAUGAAGGAGCGUGUUAUUCGCGACUGCUGGUAUGGGAAAUUUGCUUGCAUCGAGGACCUCGCAAAGACCAUUGGAACACUCGGCAGCCAAAACGAAGUGCUGGGGCAGGUAUUGACCUCUGAUUUUAUCGAAAGCAGAAGAGAGGAAUGCAGGCAGUAUAUGACGACUUUAGGUGCUGGACCUCGACCGCUCAUACACGACGAUUCGGGAAUGCCGGCCGAAAAUGGCGUGGAUUCAGAUUGAUGUAGAUUUCUUCGAGUUAUUCCAGAUGCGUGAAUAGCCACAAGUUCCAUUGCUUUUGCCGAUGCUCGUGGCAAUGAUCUGAGGAUCCCAGUUUGCUUCUGUGGUGUGUCAAGCAAGUCCCAGGUUACUAGGCAGGUGGGCGGUGGAAAAGAAAUUCCUGGAAGAGUGCACUUUCUUUGCUGAUUGGGGACAUGUGGUUGACUUAAUUUUUAUUUGGACAAUAAAAAGGUAAACAGUUUUUGUGGACCUGUCACUGUUGGACUCACUUGCCAGUGUAAGUAUUAUCCAAAGCAGAUAUACAUGGAACCAGAAGGGCGAGACGUGGGGGAUCAUACUGUACCUGGAACCCAGAACUCCAUCUUGGACUGUGUCCACGAGGAAACCUCUCGCGGCAGGCUCGUGUUACAGCGUUGUACGAUCUAUUAUAGUCGAUCAGACCAAGACAAUGGCAAUAGCCUCUUGGCCCA